AUGUCUUUUCCAGGUCAUCCUAAAAAAGGCGUGGUUAUGAAGCCGUUCCUUUUUAAAGAGAUUAACGCAAGAGCGCAAGUUGAUCUAAUUUGCAUGCAACCUUGCAAAGACGGGAAUUACAAAUUCAUUCUCAACUAUCAAGAUCAUUUGACAAAAUUCGUGAUGCUUCGUACCUUGAAGACGAAAGCAGCUCAAGAAGUGACGUAUUCUUUACUCGGCAUAUUCUGUACGUUAGGAACUCCUUCUGUCCUUCAAUCUGACAAUAGGCGAGAGUUUUCUAACCGUUUCAUUGAAUCACUGAAAGAAAUGUGGCCGGAUUUAUCAAUAGUUCACGGAAAACCUAUACAUUCACAAGGUCAAGGUAAUAUUGAAAGAGCCAAUCAGGAUGUGGAGAACAUGCUUGUUGCAUGGCUGGAAGAAAACAACUCGAAGAAAUGA